CUGUUACAGUACCCAUUUAAUCUAUAUCGUACUUGGAUGAACCUCGGUUGACAUCCGGUUGCGUACUUUCAAUGCACACAAGAGAUAAGAACAGCACUAUAUAGAAUGUAAUCAGGAUAAGAGUGUCGUUGUAUGUACAUCUGUAUAGGAACUGCACGUCAAUAAAGAUAAUGGCUGUGUCGUGGGUUUUAAUCAUUUCAUGUGCUGCAAUAGUUCAAGGUCUUUCUUUGAACUCUGCACCCACAGUUAACCCUGUUGUGAAGGACGGGACACCAUUAACUUUUGGACAACAAUUUCAAUACACCGCUACAGACAAGACUGAUACAAAAACAACUCUCAGUUCCAAAGUCGUAUCAACAACACCUAGCAACACCGUCGUAUCACCUGAACAAUGUGCAGACAACCAACAUAUCCAGUGCAUUCGAUAUAACAAAACUCGCUUGUGCGAUAAAGAUGGAAUGUAUGGUCCUUGGGCAUCAAAGAACUGUCGGGCGUAUUGCGGAUAUUGUCAAGUGUUGACCACAACAGUACCGUGUUUUGAUGUUAAGGAUAACUGCGAUGAAUACCAAAGCGAUCUCUGUAGAAACAACCUGUAUCGGCUAUUUAGAGAGAGGAAUUGUAGGAAAUUUUGCAAGAUCUGCACAGGAGGUAUGUGUUGUAAAAUGUCGUGUAAUUGUUACGUCAAUCGAAAAAGGUAGCAUAGUAUUUGUAGACUGGACUGUUGCACGAGGCAAUUUGGUUAAAGACACAGUUUUAUCCGGGAGUCAAACAGAAUACAGACUUUUACACUCCUUAAAUGUCUUUCUAUACCGGUAAGAAUAUUUUCGUAACGCGAUGCAGUACAAUAUGUUUCCCCCCUACAUUCACAAUGCUCUCUUAUCGCUAAUGGACGUAUAAGAUAUUCGAUCAAAGAUUGCUAGGAAUAUUGAACACAGUGACGUAACACAUCUCCUUGUGGUGGAAGUCUCUAUGUACCUCUUCAUUAUUACUCAUUAUUCCUCUCUAUAUACAUAUUGUGAUUUCUACGUUAUAGAAAACCACAGAAUGCUUCCUCGCAUUAACCAUGACUUAAACAGUCUACUAUAACUUGUUAUUUAUAGUGCACAACUAUUAAUAUAAGUAAACAUGUCACUCAGACUUCUGAAUCAAUACACUCAUUAUAAAAUAAUAUGAAUUAAAUAAUCAUACUACUCUUACAUUCACACUAUGCAUCUAACCCUUAAGAUAUUUAGUAAUUGACCUGAUUAGUUGAUUAUAUUCUGUAAAUCCAAAUGUACACAGUUGUUUUAACUGAAGAACAAUUACAACUUACCAAUUCAAUUUCGAAAUUCAAACUGUAUUUUACACUGACCAAGAAGCGACAUGUGACCAAUAAUUAAGAAACUGUCCAAUGAACCAUGAGAAACAAACUGUGACCAAUCUAAACUAUAGUUGACACUGAGGGAAUCAUUCAAAUGUUAAAAUUUCUGUUUAAUACCAUCAAUGGAAACCUGUUUGUGAAUCGUAUGUACACAUUACGCUGAAAUUAAAAACACGAAACACAUGUACUAAUAUAGAUUAAACAUUUUAUUAUUCCAAACUGGUAAGGAUGCUCUACCACACAAGCUUGAGAGAUUCGCGUCAGCAAAAUGACCAAGGAGGGUAUAUGUCGCGAUAUUCUGUCUUUGAUAACCCUUUAUUACAUAUUUUUCUAGCUAUAUGCAAUUUUUUAUUCUAAAAGGUCAUAAUCGUUUACUGAAAUCUUCACGUCCAUGAAUAGCAGAAUUUGUAAACAUAUGUGACGUAAAAGUAAACAAGUAAUAAUAACAUUUUCAUUGUUUUACCUUUGUUAUGUUUACAAAUUGUAAUGACAGCCAUUUGUUCAUGAAUGCACUGUAGUAAUAAACAAUGCGCGUAUGAAUCUUGAUAGAUAUAGUACGUCUAUCUUAAUGGCUGGGAAAUCCGACAGAAAUGAAAGUAGACCGUAAAUUUAGAUAAAGGAAUUUCAUUUUUGAAAAUGCAUAAGGGUAUGAACUACAACAGUUCACGCCUGCAUACCUUUCAUGAAGCUCUAACUCGUAAUUCAUAUCCUUACGCCAUGUGUGUAUAAGAGAGUGAUGAAGGUCUGAGUUUGGAUCUGAAACAAACAGUAAAAAUUAUAUGAGAUGAGUACUUAAGAUAGAAAAAUCUCCUGUCCAAUAUAGAUUGAAAUAAUCAUUUACUUGAACUCAUUUGAUAAACAACUUUAUCUUAUCGGUUUCACGACACGUGUGACCGGUCAACAGGGGAUGCUCACUUCUCCUAGGCAACCUAUCCCACCUCUGGCAUUGAAUUCAUUUGAAAAGUUCAUGAGCUAUAAAGUCCUACUCUUGGAUCUAAACCCUUUACCCAUGAGUCGUGUGUUUCUCAGCAUGGAAGAGCCCCAAAAUCUAUCAUAAUCCAAAAUACUUUGAGAUAAAUUUCUUAAAGGAUUCACUAUUUCCAUAAGUUUGUAACGUGUAGCGGUCACCCAGCCAAGUGCUGAUCACGCUCGCCGUCGCUUAACUCGCGUGAUCAAGAGAGAGACUCUACCACAUCAUUAGAAAAGCUAACUCUCUAGCGAGGCAGUAUAAGUUCCCUCUUAUACUGUCCGCUACAAGUUUUAGGUGCACCCUCCAGGGUCCUUGGAGAGCAGAGGCCAUGAUAUUUAUAUUUUUACACUUUUAACCCGGGGAUGGUACAGAAAAAAUAUGUUGAAGAUUGGUCAUGUAGUUUUCUCGAGAGGUUCAAAAAUGUUUGCAAAAGUCAGAUGAUACUACUUUACAAGAGUUACUCGGGCAACAUAAAAUGGGAUACCAUUAACAAGAAGUUACAUUGACUAUUUAUUACGUAAUCAACUGAAAACGAAUGUGACCAUCAGAUAGAUAUGAUUAUGGUAGAUAUUGUUUAAUUUAUUUCAUACUGAAUUAAACUACGGAUUCUCGUAUAUCUUAGUGAUAGAUGUUCAUACUCUUAUUCUAUUUUUCAGAUUUUGAUUCCAUGAUGAUAGAUUAUCCCUCUGUCGUGGGAUAGUCAUUUGAAAAGUACUCUUGAUAAUAUGUAUGUCCGUAGAAAAUUCAGUAAAUGUUUGUUCAUUCUAUAAA